AAUUUUGAUUUUAAACUGAACUAAGUAUUCGUAUGUUAUUCGUUGACAAGUGAGUUUGUUGAUUCAUGGAUAAGCACUAAUUAUGAAAAAUUAAUUAUAAGUGCGGGAAACAAAGGAAUCAUAUUACCGUAAAAUUUCCAGAAAAUUAAUAGAGUGUGUUUUAUUUGAAGGUGCAACAGCUGCAAAUAUAAAAAAGAAAAAUAAUGCAAGACCAAUUAAAAGAGUUGGCAGUAGCCUUAUAUGAUAUUGGAGCUGUAAAGUUUGGAGAAUUUAUAACCAAAGUUGGUCUGAAGACACCUAUAUAUUUUGAUUUACGUGUUAUGAUAGCAUAUCCUCAAAUAAUGUCUAGAUUAGCAAAAGCUCUUUGGCAAUUAGCAAAGACUCAAACUGAUACAAUUCAACUUUGUGGGGUACCUUAUACUGCUCUUCCAUUAGCUACUUUAAUUUCAGCAGAAUAUAAUAUGCCAAUGUUGAUUAAGAGAAAAGAAGCUAAGAAUUAUGGUACAAAAAAUCUUAUAGAGGGUAACUUUAAGUCAGGCGAUCACUGCAUAAUAAUUGAGGAUGUAGUUACAAGUGGAAGUAGUGUUUUAGAAACUAUAUAUGCUUUAAAAGAGGAAGGCUUAAUUGUAACUGAAGUUUUGGUGGUAAUUGAUAGGGAACAGGGUGGAAGGAAAAACCUAGAAAAUAAAGGAAUCAAAAUGCGAAGUCUUUAUGAUGUAACUCUAUUAAUGGAUUGCUUGUUAGAUCAUGGUAAAGUUACACCAGAAAUUGUAAAAGAUGUAGCAAAUUAUUUAAAAUCGUGUCAAGCACCAAUUCCUUCGUUUCCAGUGAGUAUAGUGAACGAAAGACUGAAAACACCAUUUAGUUUACGUGCAAAUCAAUCCAAAAACGCAGUGGCUUCUAAAUUGUUUCAAUUAAUGGAAACAAAACAAUCCACUUUGUGUUUGGCAGCUGAUUUGACAAAAAUAAAUUCUAUUUUAGAAUUGGUUGAACUUGCUGGACCACAUAUCGUGAUUUUAAAAAUACAUGUAGAUAUCAUAGAAGAUUUUUCCUUUGAUUUUUUGAAACGUCUAAAGGAAUUAGCAAAGCAACACGAAUUUCUGAUUAUGGAAGACAGAAAAUUUGCAGACAUUGGUAAUACAGUCUUAUUACAGUAUAAAAACGGAAUAUACAAAAUAGCAGAGUGGGCUGAUAUUAUUACAGUACAUCCAAUUGCUGGACCUGCUAUUAUAGAUGGUUUGCAAAGUGCCUUAAAUGGUAUUGUUGAACCACGUGGUAUUUUUAUGGUUGCUGAAAUGUCUGCAAAGAAUACUUUAACUACUGGAGAUUAUGUACAAAGGGCAGUGUCAAUUUCUAAAGAAUCUGAUAUGGUAAUUGGUCUAGUAUGUCAAUCAGAUAUUAUUCCAAAUUUAGGAAUGCUUCAGUUAACACCUGGUGUUAAGUUACAAGACAAUUGUGAUAACUUAGGUCAACAAUACAACACACCUGAAUCAGUUGUUAAAUCGGGUGCUGAUAUAGUCGUUGUUGGUAGGGGAAUUAUUGAAGCAACGGAUCAGUUAGGUGCUAUAUUAGAGUACAAACAACAGCUUUGGAUAGCUUAUAAGAAAAGAUUAUUGAGAUAAGUAAUAUGAAAUUAAUAUAUAUCUAUAUAUAUAUGUGUAUAUAUACAUAUAUAUGAAAAAUACAUUUUUACUAUAUUUAUACAUAAGAAUAUUUGUAUAUCAUUUGAAAAUAGUACAACUAAUAUACCAAUAUCAACAAAGAAAUCAUUAAACAACAAUUAUUUUACAUACAAAAUUGUAACAAAGUAUAUGUAUGAUUUCUGAUUAACCCAAAAUUUUAUCACUUAUACGAGAUUGAAAUUAUACUAUAUAGAUACAUACACAUUUAGUAGUUGUGUUAUGUAAAAUAUUUGGUUUUAUAUUAUAAAAUAUAUGAUUUUUAUUUAUUUUGUAUCUUACAAUUUUAUAGUUUCAAGCUUCCUUACUUUUAGUAAGUUCUUCAACUAAUUUUCGAAAUACUUGCGCAACUUGACUAUUGGGAAGAGUAACUAAAACACUUUGAGCUUUAUCUUGUAAUCUACCAACCUGAGGAUCUAUAGGUACUUUAACUAAAAAUGGUAUCUUUACCAUUUCUGAAAGAGCUGUUCCUCCACCCGAUGAAAAUAUAUUUGUACACUCCUAAAAACAAGAAAAUAGAAAAGAAUUAAGAAAAUAUUUACUAUUAUAACAAAUUAAGUUUUUGAAUAAUUUUUUAUUGGAAGUCUUACUUCGCAAGAUGGACAAACAAAACCACUCAUAUUUUCCACAAUACCAAUUAUAGGAAUCCCAGUUUUUCUACAAAAUGUAACUUCUCUCAAGACAUCAUCAACUGCAACUGCUUGAGGAGUCGUAAUUAAAAUUGCACCAUCACAUUUAACAUUUCUGAAAUUUAUUUGGAAUUUACUGAUACGAAAUUUAUAUAUAUAUAAUAUGUUUUAAAUGAUUUCUUAGCCUAUAUAGAAGGAUAUUAUAAAAAUCAUAAAGAUAAUUGCUUUACUUUAAGUUUUCCAUCACUGUGAUAUGUUCAUCUGAAGUACCAGGUGGUGUAUCAAUAAUUAAGUAAUCAAUAUUUUCCCAUACUACAUCUGUUAAAAAUUGCUUAAUCAUAGCUGUUUUUUUAGGACCACGCCAGAUUACGCUGUCAUUUUGAUUUUUUAAUAAAAAACCGAUUGACAUAACAGAUAGUCUUUGCUCUGUAUCAGCAAAUACUGGUACCCAUCUACAAAGACGUAUUAUAUAGAAUUGUUAACUUGGCG